GCAAUGGCAGGAAUUGCGAGUAAACUCCAGCAUGACCGUGCUAGGGCGCAAGGAAUCGGUUCCAACGGGCAAGCGGUGAAAUACCUCGGACAAGAUUUCGAGGCGUUGAGGCGAAAUUGUCUGGAGUGUGGGCGGUUAUUUGAGGAUGAGACCUUUGAGGCUCUUACUUCGUCUCUUGGUUACAAGGACCUUGGUCCGGGUUCUUACAAAGUUCGAGGCAUAACCUGGAUGCGUCCCACGGAGCUGUGCUCAAAUCCCCAGUUUAUCCUUGGAGGUGCCACCAGGACUGAUAUUUGCCAGGGAGCUCUUGGUGACUGCUGGCUUCUGGCUGCCAUUGCCUCCCUGACUCUGAACAAGCAGGUGUUGGCUCGGGUUGUCCCCCCUGGACAAAGCUUUGAGGAGGACUAUGCGGGCAUCUUCCACUUCCAGUUCUGGCAGUUUGGAGAGUGGGUGGACGUGGUGGUUGAUGACAGGCUGCCCACCAGAGAUGGAGAGCUGCUGUUUGUUCACUCAGCCGAGGGGACAGAGUUCUGGAGCGCCCUGCUGGAGAAGGCCUACGCCAAGCUGAACGGGUGCUAUGAGGCCCUCUCUGGAGGAACCACCACCGAGGGGUUUGAGGACUUCACUGGCGGCAUUGCGGAGGUGCACGAGCUGAGGAAAGCGGGCCCCCAACUCUUCAAGAUCAUCCAGAAGGCCCUGCUCAGGGGCUCCCUUCUGGGCUGCUCCAUAGACAUCACAAGUUCGGCCGACUCUGAGGCAAUCACAUCACGCAAGCUAGUGAAGGGUCACGCGUACUCUGUAACUGGGGCUGAGCAGGUGGAGUACAGUGGAGAAAUGGUGAAGCUGAUUCGCAUAAGAAAUCCCUGGGGCCAGGUGGAGUGGACUGGCGCCUGGAGUGAUGGCUCCUCAGAGUGGCACCAUAUUAGUGACGAGGACAGAGACAGGCUGAGGAACCGAUCUGAAGAUGGAGAGUUCUGGAUGUCCUUCUCUGACUUCCUGCGGCAGUACUCCCGGGUGGAGAUCUGCAACCUCACCCCGGACGCGCUCACCGACGACGAGUACCAGAAAUGGGCCCUCUCCAAUUUUGGGGGAAACUGGAGAAGGGGCUCUACCGCCGGAGGCUGCAGGAACUAUCCAAACACCUUCUGGACAAACCCCCAGUUUGUGAUUAAGUUGGAUGAAGAGGAUGACGACCCAGAUGACAAUGAGGUGGGCUGCACCUUCCUGGUGGGCCUGAUCCAGAAGAACCGGCGCCGGAUGAGGAAGAUGGGUGAGGACAUGCACACCAUCGGCUUCGCCAUCUACGAGGUUCCGGAGGAGUACUCAGGUCGGAGGAACCUUCACCUGAACCGGAGCUUCUUCCUGCGCCACGCGUCCAAGGCCCGCUCAGAGACCUUCAUCAACCUGCGCGAGGUGUGCAAUCGCUUCUGCCUUCCCCCGGGGGAGUACCUCAUCGUCCCCUCCACCUUCGAGCCCAACAAGAACGGAGACUUCCACGUCCGCGUGUUCUCCGAGAAGCAGGCUGAGUUCCAGGAACUUGAUGACCCCAUUGAGGCAAAUGUGGAAGAGAUUGAAAUAACUGAAGAUGAUGUGGACGACAGGUUUAGAAACCUCUUUGGACAGCUAGCAGGACAUGACUGUGAAAUUUCAGCAUUUGAACUGAGAAGAAUCCUGAACAGAGUAGUCACCAGACGUGAUGAUAUUAAAACAACUGGGUUCAGCCUGGAAACCUGCCGGAAUAUGGUCAACCUACUGGAUAAAGAUGGGUCUGGAAAACUGGGCUUGGUGGAGUUCAAGAUCUUGUGGACCAAAAUCGAAGGCUACCUGAACGUGUACCGUGGGAAGGAUGUGGACAAUUCAGGCUGCAUGAGCUCAACUGAGAUGCGCCUGGCUGUGGAGGAGGCAGGCUUCUCCCUAAACAACCCCCUACACCAGAUCUUGGUGGCCCGCUACAGCGAACCCAACUUCACCAUAGACUUUGACAACUUUGUGGGCUGCCUGGUUCGUCUGGAGACCCUAUUCAAUGCUUUUAAGACCCUCAGCAAGGAUGAAUCUGGGGAGGUGGAACUGAAUUUCAUGGAGUGGCUGAACGUGUCUUUGCUCUAAGACCUUGAUGGGGUGCCAUGACCAUGAGACUUGGUUCUGGCCGCCUGCAC